GUUAUCAAAAUAUGACAAAUCCGGGUUAUGUUACUAUUUAUUAAUUAUUAAGUUUAAGUUAAACUGAGAACUUGAAAGUUUAAAACCUCUUAUAAAAAAAAGGCUAAACUAGUACUACUAUUAUUCAUCCAAUUAAAUUUAUGUGAAUUGACUCUAAAGUACAAUGGAAAAUACAAAUGCACCGGCUGAUAACAUGGAAUUUGAUGGCACACAACUAGCUAGCAUAAAAGAAAUAUUCAAGUCUUACAACAAAUUAACCGAGUUAUGUUUCAUGGAUUGUGCCAAUGAUUUUACAGUAGGCGAUCUCAAAAGUGAUGAGGAAAAAUGUGCACAAAAUUGUACAAAUAAAUUUCUUAAAGCUUCAGAAAGAAUGACGCAACGGUUUCAAGAAUACCAAAUGGUUAUGAAUGAACAUUUAAUAACCGCUCAACAAAGUGCAAAAUCCUAAAAUGUUACCUUUAUUGAUAAAUUCAGUCAACUAGUGUUUUUGAUUUCAUAGUUAUUAAUGUAUGUUUUUAAUUUGUUUAAAUAAAUUAAAAUUAAAUCCAUUUAAAAAUAAAAUUGUGUAACGAUCAUA